AUUCGCGAUUUACUCGUGGCGCGGAAUAGAGUGCUACCUUCGACUACGGACAAUACUUCUCUUCGUUGAGCGAAAGUUAAUGUUACAAUAGAACAGAUACUCGACCGGGGAGCGUGCGCGUGCGUGCCGAAUCUGUGCCAAACACGUAGGCACGGCAGAGCCGGUUUGCUACAGGAAGUUAGGGACGACGAUGACGACGACGGCAAGUUCGCAUGGUACAGUAGUACAGUGAAAUGUUCAAACGAGAGAGUUAAGGAGCGACGGACGUCGUCGAGAGCGGAAGUGGCCAUCGAUGUCGUCGUCGGGGAACUCGAAUGUCAAAGCCAAAGGCAAACACAUUGUCCCGAAAGAGGCACGAAAAGUUGUUGGUUUGAUGUUUUUGUGUUUUGGUGCAUUGUGAUAUUCAUCGAAGUUUUUGCAUACAUCGUAAGUGUUGAUGAGCAUGGUGUGAACAGUUUCGACGAAACAACGGAACCGAAAGUAAACAGUGCGGCACAUGAGAAUUGAUUUUUCUCUACUCUAACAAAAAGUGCAUUUAGGUCAACUUAUGAGUAGUAUGAUUAAAUGAAGUACAACAACGGCAAUAAUAGUGGGUAUCGGAAAAAAUCAAUGCGACAGUUUUAACUGCGACAGUCGCAGUGUGCUGUGGGGUUGUUUCAAUAUAUUAUCGUAUACAUAGAGAGCGUAGAAUUGUUUCACGUGAGGCUGGCAAGCGGAACGAGGUAGCAAGCCAUGGAAGCAAUGAUUAAUGUAAUAAAGGACGUCUUCCUCAACAGCCUGGUGCUGCAGUUUAUCGUGGCAUCCAUAUUACUUAGCUUGGUAUGGCCGACGUACAAAUAUUACGCCAAAAUGACGGCCAUCCUGAUGGUUUCGUCCCUGGUCCUGAUAGUGCCGAUACCACUCUUUCUGUUCAAACCUCGGUGGCCUUUGAAUGCCUUAGUACCAGGAAUUGUCGCGUGCGAGUUCAUUCGCUGGCUCGGCGUAGAGUACGAAAUCCGCGGUGCCGAACAUAUCAACGUGAAGAACGGCGGGGUAGCACUACUUAAUCACCAGAGUGCGAUUGACAUCGUACUCCUUGCCCGACUUUUGCGCGAAUUCCGCAACAUAGUGCCGGUGGUGAAGAAGGAGAUUUUCUACGCACUCCCCUUCGGAAUCGGUUCCUACCUGGUGGGGGUAGUUUUCAUCGACCGCAAGAAUACUGCCUCUGCGAUGAAUGUGAUGAAACGGGAAGCGGUGGCCAUCACGCGUGAUAAUCUCAAGUUGGCAAUUUUCCCAGAGGGUACCCGACAUGACCGGGACACGUUGCUACCCUUUAAAAAGGGCUCGUUUCACGUGGCAGUGGACUCUCAGGCGAUUAUCCAACCGGUGGUCAUUUCCAAGUAUGCUUUUAUUAACCACAAGAAGAAACGCUUCGGUCGGGGACGGGUCAUAGUGCAAAUUUUGCCGGAAAUAUCGACCAAAGGCAAAGGGAAAGAAGAUAUCAAUGAGCUGGUGGAAAGCUGCCAGCAGAUAAUGCAGGCACAAUUCGACGCACUUAAUGCUGAGGCCAAGCAGUACUGCCACCUGUAGGGGAUAUGCGGUAGGGGAGUACAGGAUCAAAUGAAUUGAUAUAUAGCGUAGAUUUAGGGUUAGAUUGCAAAAAAUAAAUCCUUAUGACUGGGGCGCAGUGAUGUUCUAGAGGUAACGUCUAGCGUAGGAAUUCGCCCGAAAAGUUUCGUUAAAACGGGCGAAAUGAAACUGUUCAGUAUCAGAUAUCUAGUCCAAAUUAGUGAAGCUAAAAUACGACAGCAGGUUUUCAGGUUUAUUAAUAUAGGAACAAUAUUGACACAAUAAGUUUAAAAAAACGCAGUUUAAAAUAAUGACUGUCGAUCCUUCAGAAGGAUGGCUGCGUAUAUUUUGAACAAUCAAACUCUCUCAACCCUUUUAUAUUAUUAAUCCUCUCUUGUUACACCUUUUCAUCGAUCUAACUCAUUAUGAUACGUAUUCUACAGUUACAGUUUGGUGACAAAUAAAUCCAAGUUUCAAAGAA